AUGGCUUUUACAGUGGAUAGGUGUGAAGAGAUGGUGUUUACUGUGGAGUCUCAAAAGGCAGUUCCUGCACCCUUCUUAACAAAAACAUACCAGCUGGUUGAUGACCCUCUUACAGACCACAUUGUGUCUUGGGGCGAGGAUGAAACCACCUUUGUUGUGUGGAGACCUCCUGAGUUUGCUAGGGAUCUCCUCCCCAAUUACUUCAAGCACAACAACUUCUCAAGCUUUGUCAGGCAGCUCAAUACCUAUGGAUUCAAGAAGGUAGUAGCUGACAGAUGGGAGUUUGCAAAUGAGUACUUCAGAAAAGGAGAAAAGCACUUACUAUCAGAGAUCCACAGGAGAAAAACAACCCAACACCAUCACCAACAAUACCCUGACCAAGCACCCCAAUUUCUCCAACCAGAAGAUGGUUUUACUUGGAUUGAUCCUCCAUUUCCAUCCCCAAAACCAGGUGCUGAUAUCCUAACUGCACUCUCAGAAGAUAAUGAGCGACUGAGAAGGAAAAACUGCAUGCUUUUAUCAGAACUCUCCCACAUGAAGAACCUCUAUAAUGACAUUAUCUACUUCAUCCAAAACCAUGUAAAACCAGUUCCCUAUGAGCAAAAAGCUUACAAUACAGUACCUAAGCUUAUAGAACUGGGUUCUUCAUGUCAAGCACAAACCAUUUGUACUGGCAUUCAAAGGGCUAAAAAUGGUGUUUUGGGUAAGCAUUCAUUGACAUUAAAUGCUGAGGAAUCAACUAGUCCUGUGAAGCUUUUUGGAGUCCCUCUCGUUGGCAACAAAAGGCUGCAUCCAGAAGCACUGAUGGAAUAG